AGAAGAAGAAGAACCCCAGGAAACGUUCUGGAAAAUGUCUGAGUACAAUCAAACCCAGAGGAGCUCCCUCAAAUUAAAAGGUGUGGAAGAAUUUUCAGCAGGGAAGAAGAAGAAGAAUAAAGAGCGUAAACACCGCUUGGAGCAAGUUGAGACCAACCAAAAUGAUGAGGAGGAAGUGAAGACAAAGAAAGCAUAUAUCGACAAAAGGACACCAGCACAAAUCGCUUUUGACAAGACGCAAGAAAAGAGGCAAAUGGAGCGAAUUUUGAAGAAGGCGUCAAAGACACACAAGCACAGAGUGGAGGAUUUUAAUCGCCACCUGGACAAUCUGACGGAGCAUUACGACAUUCCAAAAGUCAGCUGGACCAAGUAAAACUGAGCCGAUGUUUUUUUUUUUUUUUUUUCCAAUAUUAUUUUUUUUUUUUUUUUGCAUGUUGAUGAAAUGCCAUCUAUAGUAUUAAACUGGCAUUCAUUCCUUGGUCGUUACUGUGGACAAUAAAGUAUUUAGCAUCAUUUUAA